AUGGGAAAGCGUAAGAGACGGUUGCCAACGGGCACCGACAUACUCACAGAGGAGAAAGAAGACGAUGAGCAAUUGCCAUUGCAGAAGGUCCUCCACGUACGCAUCGUUGUUGAGCACCGCGCUUCGACCCAGCUAUGCGCUAUCUCGACAUAUCAAGCCACAACGAUCCGGCAAUUCCUACAAACAAUCCACAGUCAAGUCCCGGUGACAGCGGAAAAGACACUCUUCGGGAAGCCGGUCGCGAAAGUCGUGCUUCUUCUUCAGGAAACCGGCCAAAGGAACAUGAAACGGAGACGAUUUACCACAAUCGACACCACGGACAACGCAUUUUAUGCGAAUUGGUAUGAACGCAAUGUGCUCAAAAGUCCGAGGACAGACCUCCAAAGUUUGAGAAUUGAGGUGCAUAUGCUGGUGGAUGUGAACGAAGACAUUGCCGAAGAGCAUGCAAGAUGGUAUACUGCAGCCAAGGAAGCAGGAAACGGCGGCGUGGCGGUGGCGAGCUUAAGGACACCAUACCGACUGAUUUCCAGGCCAUAG